CGCCAUCUAUUGGCAAAUGGAAAAACUAAAAUUCUGAAACGUCAACAUGAUCGUGAUGGAAUCUGCUAAUCAAAUUGUGAAUUUUCAUUGAUUUUUGUUAAAUUUACGGCGAAAUUUGUGAAUAAUAUAUUAAAAUUCUGUAUUUUGAAGUGUGGCACCUUCGUCCUACGUGUUGUAAAUAUGUCGUUUGUUGGUAGUUGCUCAAAAAAAUAAAGUGGAAGUAGUUGUUGUUAGUGAUCAGUUUGUGUUGAAAAUUCGCAAAAAUGUCUCUACCUGGGAAUGGUAUCUUCGUGGUCCAGGGCGAGAUGGCAAUGCUCGUCACUGCCAUGCGACGGAGUACCCGCUGGGGCUCGCACUCGUUCCCAAAUGAAGAGUAUGACGUGUUGAUGAGAACAUUCCAAGAUCUCAAAACGAUCUUGAAUCAAGUGGAUGAUUUACGACUUCUAGACCCUGCGACGUAUCUGAGCCCAUUCUUGGAAGUAAUCAGGAGCAAGGAGACUACUGGUCCUGUCACCAGUUUGGCUCUUUCUGCCAUACACAAGUUUUUAUCCUAUGGACUAAUAGACCCAACACAUCCGAGUGUGCCUGCGACGGUAGAAGAUAUAGCAGAUGCGGUUACCCACGCUCGUUUCGUCGGCACCGACCAUUCUUCAGACGGCGUUGUGCUGAUGAAGAUCUUGCAAGUCUUACGCACACUAAUGUUGAGCCCGGAAGGCGCCAUGUUGACGGACGAAAGCGUCUGCGAAAUUAUGCUCAGUUGUUUUCGCAUAUGUUUCGAGACUCGCCUCACAGAGCUGCUACGUCGAAACGCGGAACAAUGUCUUCGAGAUAUGACACAGUUGAUCUUCAUGAGGCUGCCCCAGUUUCCGGCAGAAGACACGGGGUCCGCCAGCUUCGCCACCGUCGGUCUAUCCCUCAAGAAGAGAGAGAAGACGAGCAAGAAGAAGAGUUUGACUAGUGUGAACAGCUCAAAUUCUUUGGAAAGAAAAUCGUCACUGAGCGAGCAGCCUAUUACAACGACCACUGAGCUUGAAGCAGAGACUGAUGCGAGCAAAACUGACAUCAGACAUAGCCAAGACAAACACCUGAUAAACGAAGCGGAGAUCACGAUAGAACCAGUUGACGUGAAGAGUCCAGUGAAGAAGCAUGGCAGGCACUCGUCAAUGGACCUGGCGGCCAACGGCAACACGUCCAUCACGCAGCUGCUGGAGAAAUGCGUCAGCCCCGACACUGCUGAUGAGAAGGAAGCUGGAGACAGUAGCGAGGAUGUACAGGAGACGGAGAAAGGUCCAGUGGAGGAUAGUGGGGAGAAACCAGGAGAGUACGUGAACCACCGCGGCAUCAGGUUCACUCCACAGGACGACGCCAACCUUCAACCUUAUGGACUGGUCUGCGUUAGAGAGCUGUUCAGGUUCCUGAUCUCGCUCUGCAAUCCCCUGGACAGUCAGAACACGUCAGGCAUGGUACACCUUGGUCUUUCCCUCGUUGGAACAGCUCUUGAAGUGUCGGCAGACCAGCUCGCAAAAUACCCAUCUUUGCUGUACCUAGUCAAAGACCCGCUCUGCAGAAACCUUUUAAGUCUGCUGAGCACGGAAAGGAUAUCAAUAUUCGCACUUGACCUUCAAGUCUCCUUUCUGCUAUUCGAAGCUCUCCGCACACACCUCAAGUUCCAAAUGGAAGCGUUUUAUAAGAAAAUCAUAGAAAUCAUAUCGGCAGACACAACGAAAGCUAUUUACGAGCUGAAGGAGAUCCACCAUCUUGCCUUGGAGAGUCUAGCACAAAUGUUCAGGAUACCGGGGCUCUGCGCUGAGAUAUACCUCAACUAUGACUGCGAUGUUUACUGCAUGAACGUCUUUGAAGAAUUGACCAAACUCCUCUCCAAGAACGUGGUAUCUUCCACAGCAUACAACAUCCACUCCCUGUCUUUAGAAGCCUUGAUGACUAUUAUCGAGGCGGUGGAAAUGGGUUGCAGUCAUAAAGAAGUUAAGCCUGAACCAGAAAUCCCUCCCAACGGGGAGGAGGAGAAGGAAAAGGACUUGAGAAGUGGUCACGUUUCUUUGGAACUAGGGGGGUUGGAUGACGUGUCCGUAGUCAGUGACCAUGUGACGCACGAUAUUAGUCAGUACUUCGGCUGUGGAAGGACGGGGAGACAUAAGCCCUCCUCUGAUCUGCCUUCUGAAGCUGAAUUAGAUAAUAUCAAAAAUAUGAAGAAGUGGGUUACGCAAGGCACAGAACUCUUCAAUCAGAAACCUGAGCGUGGCAUUGAAUUUUUACAAGAACAUGGAGUGUUGGCAACUCCAUUAGACCCACACGAAGUUGCCAUGUUUUUAAGAGAAAAUCCGGACUUAGAUAAGAAAAUGAUAGGUGAAUUUAUCUGCAAGCGGUCGUCACGGGGCGAAGAUGAAGAUGGUGGACCAUCAGUUUUGGGAGCCUUUGCAGACAGUUUUGACUAUGCAGGACUGAGGAUAGACCAGGCAUUAAGAAUGUACCUGGAGACAUUCCGACUGCCAGGAGAAGCGCCUCUCAUCUUCCUUGUUAUGGAACGCUUUGCUGAGCGGUGGCAUAGUUCGAACGGGGAACCGUUUGCCAACACCGACGCUGCCUUCCGCCUGGCGUACGCCUUGAUAAUGCUGAACAUGGAUCAGCACAACCACAACGCGAAGAAACUGAACGUGCCCAUGACUGUGGAGGACUUUGUGAAGAACCUCAGAGGAUGCAAUGGAUCCGGAGACUUUGAUCAGUCGAUGCUGGAGGCUGUGUUCCAUUCUAUCAAGAACGAAGAGAUGGUAAUGCCGGCGGAGCGCACGGGCGCGGUGCGUGACGCCUACCUGUGGCGGGUGCUCCAGCGGCGCGGGGCGGGGCCCCAGGCGCUCUAUAGGGCUGCGCCCGCGCAACAUCCACACCACGCGCGACUCUUCACUGUCGCAUGCCCGCCUACUGUGACGGCGCUUUCAGCGGCUUUCGAGCGCUCAACUCCCCCCACCGUCGAGGAGAUGGAGAGUAACAGAAUCCGCGACAGUGGCGCCCUCCUCGCCCUCAACGGCCUCGAGCGCUGCGCAGCGCUUGUGGCUAGAUUGCCGCCUGACAACAUCACUCUUGACACUCUGCUGCUAACGCUGUGCAAGUUUACUGGAUUGUUAGCACCGCAACACGCUAAUUAUAUCGCUAUUGGAGUAACGCUAGGUCAGUCUAGCAAGGCUCAGCUAGCGCUACGCCGCGCAUGCGCAGUGGCGGCGAGACAUGCCGACUGUAUCCGCGACUCGUGGCGACACCUACUGGAGAUUGUGAAGACUUUGUACAUUGGAAGACUGCUGCCCAAGUGCCUAAUUGAAGCUGAAGAUUACUUAGCCCCGAACGGUACCGUGUCCCUCAUCAGGGAAGCGGCGCGCGGGUCCGAAGCUGGACUACUAUCCAGUUUAUAUUCAUACAUUGCGCUUGGAGAGUCAGGUAUGCGAACUCCGACGCCACACGAGAAGGUAUUGAUCGACGCGGCCAUGGAAUGUGUGGCCAAGUGCAACUUCCCAGGACUUCUCAUAACUGAAACCAAGUUCCUACAAGUAGAAAGCUUACAGGAGUUGAUACGUGCGAUGGUGACAGUGGGCACGCCCCCAGACUCCGACAGUCUGCAGAUGAACCCUCAGCUGGAAGACAUCACCAUAUUCUUCCUGGAACUGCUCGGACAAACUUUAAUACAGAACAGAGACCGUGUCCUAUGCGUAUGGGACUGCGCGGGUCCGCACAUGUCCCGCACGGUCCGCUGGGCGCAGGGCCAGGGCCCGGCGCUGCGGCGCGCGCUGACUGCCCUACUGCGGGGGGCGGCGCGCCUCAUGCGCUGCGACGCCGCCGCCCCGCAUCUACUGCGACACCUCACCAUACUCUUCCACAUGCCAUACAAGCUAUUCUACCAACAGGCCGACGUCAUAUCAUGCGGCAUGUACGAGAUAGUGAAGACGUCAGCGCAGAACGUGCACAGUGCGCAGGAGUGGGACAUCGUGUUCGCGUUACUGUGUGCCGCCGGGGCCGGGGCCUGGCCCAACGACGCCAGGGCUGCCAGUCCUGCCGCAUCGAGCCGAUCUGAGGGCUCGGAGGAUGAAAGUGAGCGCCGACCCACCAGCGCCUCGUCCGAGAGCGAGCUGUCUCAUUCUCCGCAAACACAAGGAUGGAUAUUGGUGAAGAAUGAGACGGAGUCGUCGGAGACGUUCGAGCUGGAGGGCAAGGUGUCCCUGCGCGCGCACCGCGCGAGCGCGCUGUCCCGCUGCAGCGAGGCGCUAGCGCUCGUGGUGCGCGACGUGGCGCACGUCACGCCCUACAACUGCCGCGCCGCCGUGCGAGCCGUGCGCAUCUUCGCCAGGGCCACGCUGCACACCGGAAAGAAAUCUGGCAAGUCGAGGUCAGGCCACAAGUCGCGGCCGAGCUCCGGCAGGAGACGUUACGAUGACUCCUCUGAUGAAGAGGUGGAUACCCUCGACCAGUAUCAUAUGGUCAGCAUACAGUUGCUGGACCUAAUGCACACGUUGCACAGUCGCACCGCUCAGAUAUUCAAAUGGUGGAGAGACGAGGCCGACCAGGGACAAAAUGCUGAAGAAUAUGACUUAUGGGAAGUCGCGUGGAAACCAUUACUACAAGGCAUCGCACAAUUUUGUACGGACAGGCGGAAACAGGUGUCGAACAGCGCGGUGGCGUACCUGCAGCGCGCGCUGCUGGCGCCCGGACUGGCCGGCAUGGGCGGCGCGCGCUGGGAGGCCGCCUUCCACCACGUGCUGUUCCCCCUGCUCGAGCUACUGCCGCGCCGCGCCGACGUCACCGCCAGGGCGCACACCAUCAUGUGCAAGGUGUUCCUGCAGCACCUGUCAGCGCUGAGCGCGCGCGCCUCGUUCGGCGCGCUGUGGGUGCGCGUGCUCGACCGCGCGCGCGCGCUGCUGCUGCCCGAGCCCGACGACCCCCUCACCGAGGCCGCGCUCGAGUCACUCAAGAACAUGAUCCUCGUCAUGGACUCCGUACGGAUAUUCAGCAAUGCAGACGGUUACAACGAUUUAUGGUACAUUACUUGGGACAAGAUCAACGAAUUCCUGCCCAACUUGAAGGAAGAAUUAUUUCCACAAGUAAAAGACAACGCGAAACCAACCAGCCUACCGAGUCACAUGCAGCCAUCUCUACCACCGUCCCUGCCUACCCUCGUUCCCGUACAACAGACCAGUACGCCCACCUUAGUACCAAUCCCAUCCGCACCCCAACCCAUCCCACCACAAUCCCCCCAAAUCCAAUCACCAAUGUUGGCGCAAAACUUGGCACAUUCGCCAGUGAAUUUAGUUCAGACACCACCAUUGGUGGCCAAUGCUCCAACGUUGGUGGCUCCUACGCCAAUAAGCGGUAUGGUUCCUAUUAGGAAUCCUUUGUAUGACCAGACUGGGUUGACUUCUUCAGUACUUCUGCAGCCUUUGAAUGAGAUGAUAUCAACACCAAUAGGAAUGUCGAUGCAGCCGCAGAUGCCGAUGUUGUACCCGCAGAACGUUGACCCCACACCGACGAGACCCGACCUCAUCCGUAUGGACCUCCGACCGGACCUCACGCCACAAGUCCCUACCAGACCAGAAAACCCUUACUUGGACCCGUCACAGCCAGACAUCACACGGGCAGACCCACAUGUAAUCAACGUUAGUUACAAUGACCCGGUUCUACCUGAAACUAAGGUAGAACAAAGCGAACUAUACGCCGAUUACUUAACCAACCCCUACACUGAGAUCAAGGACAUCUCAAAAGAAGCCACCCUAUACGACCCAGAAGACCCGAAGCCUCCGCCCAAUGACAUAAAAAAUCCCUUAUUAUCAGCCUUAGAUAAGAAAUCCUACAGCGCAAACGCGACACCUAUGCAUACGGCAAAUAAAGCUCAAUUUGGCUCGAGUGAUAAUGUGAGACAAGAGUCAGGUAUUUUUAACUUUUCCAGUUAUUUUGGGUCGGCGAGUGAGACUAUAGGGCCGGGGUCUGAAGUCUUUGAUACUUUGAUGUCGACACAAGAAGGAUAGCUAGAUUUAUUAGACCGAGAUAUGGGGACGUGGUUGUAGAGCUAAAAUGUACAGGCUAGACCAGUAUAGAGUUACAUAUUCAUUGACUGUCUCGUUCGUACAAAAAGUAAUAAUAGUAAUAAUAAUUUUCUUUUUCUUUAUGUGAGACAUAAAAUUGAUUUAAAAUAAUACGUAAAUUCACGUGAAU